UGCUGACUGGUGUUCGGACCUAUCCCAAGAAAAGCACCUCCAUUCGGUCGUCCGAUUGCGUGGGGAGACACGUGCGGGCUGCAGCAGUGAUACACAAAGUGUACGCCAGUUUGCGAGUGAGAUUUUGUUUCGCAACAAGGAUAACAAGGUUUUGUUUAGCAGCAGCCGAUGGUGCAUGGUGAAGUUCUUUGUGUAACUGUGUAAACAGUGCUUUAGGAUUGAAGUUAUGAAUAGCUGCGGCUUUGAUUGAUCCUUUGUCGCCAAUUCGGAAGUGCAUUUCUGACGCUGACGCUCUUGACAUGCAAUCGGGAGUCCAGAUUUACUGCCGAGCCGUGCAUUGCAGUGAGAGAGCGGAACUGUUCGGCUGAUGAGAAAACUACUGAACUGACGUUUUCCUGAAGAUGAGGCGCCUGUUAGCAUGCAAGCGAUGCAGUGGGAUUUUGUGCGGAUUUUGAUUGUGGAGUGGAAUGCAAGAAGCGCUGCAAAACAUAACCCUGCAAGUGCCGGAGAAAAAAUACCGAUGUGAUUGAAGCUGUCAAAAAGAACGGUCUUCCUACCGGGGUACAUCGAAACGAUCCAGCUUCCCGUUGCCAGUGGUAAAUGUGUUGAUAUCUAUCCAGUAGAACCGCAGUGGAAAAUCGAUAACACCACCGUAACUGGUUGCUGGUGUAAUGGCACCAGGACAAACUAUCACUGAAUUCGUUCACCGGAGCAAACGGCCUUCUCCUCAGCUGGUUGACCCGUAAACCGCGUGUUGGGAAAAAAGAAAUACAGCGAACAGGUGAAGUGAGGGAUAACAGAGAGAAAAAAAAACCCGUAAAGUAUGAACUUUUGUGGCUGGUGGAAAAUUUUCAAGCGAAAAAAUGCUAUCGAGGACGAGAAUGACUCGGAGCAGUACAAGGCAGUUCGCACCAAACAGCAGGACGUUGCUGUCGGGGCCGAGGCUAGGACCGAUGAAGCGUCCCGCAAAUCGGCCAACGGUCGGUCGCCAUGUAAUGAAGUGAGAAAUGUGCACGUUUCUGCCGACGGCGUCGCCGAGACAGAACUGAAAAAUGUGAAGAUGGUGCAGCAAGCGGAAAAGGAGCCGGAAAUUAGAACCGAUCCCGUUAAAGGUAAUCCGAGAAAUAAAAGCGCCCUCAAACCCGGCCACUCGUUGAUGGACUGGAUCCGACUGGGUAAUUCAGGACUGGAUUUAGCAGGAAACGGUGGCAAAGCACGACCCGUUAGUCACUCAGAAUUGGCGCUUCACAACAAGCGAGACGACGUCUGGUUGGCGAUUCGGGGGAAAGUUUACAACGUUACGCGUUACCUGGACUUUCAUCCUGGCGGUGUCGAUGAGUUGCUGCGAGGUGCCGGCAAAGAUGCCACUAAGCUGUUCGACGAAGUUCACGCUUGGGUUAACUAUGAGUCAUUGCUGGCCAAAUGUUACGUAGGUCCUCUACGCAAUACCGCAGUUCUAAACCUGGGUUCUGGCAGUUCCAAAUCCACAUCCCCAUCGACUUUCCUGAAACCACCGACCCCGACUAGUCCCCAAUCGCUCUCAUCAAGUAACAAUAGUUUAGCUAGUCUUUCCGCUGCGUUAAAACCAAGCACUGCACUGUCGAUAGUCAGCAGUUCUAGCGACGAAAUCACCAAUAAGCUGCUUAACGUUGUGCCUCGCUUCGACUGGAUCCAAAAAACGGCCGAAGUUACGUUCAUUUUCUACACCAAAGCACUCUGCAAUCCGGCAGUGAUUGUAGAGUUCGUAAACAAUUUGGAAUUCAACGUGCGAAUAUUCCUCGAAGGAAACGUCGUAAACCGGUACCGGUUCCAGGUGUCGAGCAAUGUGCAGUGGCCUUGUAGUGUGCGACAGUCUCUGGAAACGGGAAAGGUGGAAAUUGUGUUCAAUAAACUACUGCCCGGGUUGUGGUCCGGCUACGGACAGAUGGAGCAUGAGCGGAAAGAAAACUGCGAGAUUGAACUGUUCGAGUACGACGUUGCUACGAGAAUCGCAAUCACGCACGACUCCUGUGCCCUGCUACUCCGACCAAGAAAUAACUCCCUCCUUCAGGUAACACCAAUCGGGCACCAUCUGUCCGUGUCCGCUAACAUCAACGGAGAGUACAUAACCCGAAGCUACACGCCGGUACCUGGUAUUGCUAUUCCUACCGAAUGUCCUGCGACGUUCAUUCCUCUGCUGGUCAAAACUUACCCGGACGGAGCGGGGCUAUCCAAGCAGCUUACGAAGCCGGUACCCCUGGCUACGUCCCUGCAGCUGUCACAACCAAGCGGAAACUUUUCGCUCGUAAAACUAAAGCACCAUAACCGCGUUGCCUUACUAGCCGCCGGAAGCGGCCUAACACCGAUGCUCGCCUUACUCGGCUAUCUACUAGACAGAAGCAACAAUAAAAUCGAGUCUGUGAGUUUGCUGUACUUCAAUAAAACCGAAGCGGAUAUAUGGUGCCGGGAGAUGUUGGAAAAUUUAUGCGAAAAGGACAAAAGGCUGACUGUGCUUCACUUCCUUUCGGCGUCAUCCCCAGUCGAGCCAGUACAACCGUCAAAUCUAGUGGACGAGUCUUCGGAUGGAUCAACUGCACCGGACACGAUGGCAAACGAUACAAACUCCUCCCCCUCCUCAACUCCGCCGUCCACCAGCCACCGGAGUGUAAAGCUGGCGUCAGGACGAAUAUCAAUCGAAAUCGCACAACGGCUCACCAACGUCGAUUCCCCGCUGUACGCGACCUACGUUUGCCUGUGCGGCCCGAAAGCUUUCAACGAGCUGUGCUGUCAGUAUUUGGAACAAGCCGGUCAUAACAUGGCACAUUUCCACAGCUUCCAGGGUUAAACGGAGGCAGGAGGGUGAGAAGAGUGGAUUGAUGAAAAAGAAAAACUGAUCAGGCCAUCAUCUCCUUUGCGUCUACGCUGAACCGUAAAAGCCGUAGCCAGCCUGAAUGGUACGUUCUCUCGUGUAUGUACUGAGCAGAAGAUGGAUAAUCCGUAAAUCGCUACAGUGAAUUACUGUUAAUGUUUUCCUUUUAGAGUUACUUACAACGUGGAACUGCUGCAUGCCGACUACCGACUUUUCCACCCUGAAUAAACUAAUCGAUCACCAAUCACAUAAAAAACAAACAGACUAACUACCUUCAACCGGUACAGAAAACAAAGAAAUCUAAUUAAAAAAAUAUCAACCUGAUGCUAUCAUAAAUUAAAAGUUCCCGGACACGCGACGUCGACCAAACAAAAAGUAAAUAAAUUUUGCACUCGUCCUAACUUUCCACAUUCCCAUACACCCGCGGCACACAGCCGUAAGCUAGCUAGUCAAAUGUUUACCUAACUUAAUUGAAAUUUCACCACAUCCUAAUCGAUAUUUCGUGGCCGGAAAAACCAUUAGUGAAAAUUAACGAAGAAAGUCCGAUGGUGGGGGCAGCAGCAACAGCAUAGUGGCCUUUCGUUUAUUGUCUUACGUUUCCGCUGCAAUAAAGCCAUCACUCGAUAUGUUCAAUUUCCGGUCGCCAUUUGUUAUUGGCGCUAGUCUAUUGCCAAAGUGGAAAUCGCAAAAGUCACCUUCUGCUUCAACAAAGGGUAAUAGAUAUGUGAAACAAAAUUUAUGUAUUUUAUCAAAUUUCUAUUAUAUCAACCAAUUUAUUUCAUUUAACAUCUUGUAACUGGCAAGAAAAAGAAAAAAAUUGUUCCAAAGAGAGAAGGAAAACCGAAUAAGUUUCUUUGUUUGAAUAGUUCUCUCACAUGCGUAAAUAUGGUAACCUAAUACCUGAAAAAUGUAAAUAAAUUCUCGAAGGUACGAAUAUCUUUAAAGUGGGUUGUCAUGGAUUCAUGUGCAAAAAAAAUCCUAACGACACGUUCUACAACAAAUAGAAAUAAAAUCGGAUCAUGUAAAGGUACAGAGAAAUUUUAGAGCUAAGCGAAACAAAUAUAUUUACUUUCAAGUA